UACGUCUAUGGAAAAGGUGCCCGCUGCCAUUCUGGCAUUACGUCAAUGGUGGAGGUUUCAUUGGUUUGGGAGGAGUUGCUGUGACCGCCAUUGUUACAACUCUUCGUCAUAUUACGGAGAAACGUAGUGAGAAUCCGAUUUAUCCGCAUUUCCCGUAGUGCGUGUCGAGGCCGAGGCGCCGUUUUCUAGGUAUAAACUUUCCAGCGCAGACCAUAGACGGAUCCAUCAGCCGACGCAUUCUCAGCGUAGCAUGUCCACGAUGAAUCCCGAGUAUGAUUAUCUAUUUAAAUUGCUUCUAAUCGGUGAUUCUGGUGUUGGAAAAUCAUGUCUCUUGUUGCGCUUUGCCGAUGACACAUAUACGGAAAGUUAUAUCAGUACCAUCGGCGUGGAUUUUAAGAUUCGAACUAUCGAUUUAGAUGGAAAAACAAUAAAACUACAAAUCUGGGAUACGGCGGGUCAAGAACGGUUCAGAACAAUUACAAGUUCUUAUUAUCGAGGUGCACAUGGUAUUAUUGUUGUUUAUGAUUGCACAGAUCAGGAGACCUUUAACAAUGUAAAACAAUGGUUGGAAGAGAUCGAUCGUUAUGCCUGUGAUAACGUCAAUAAGCUGUUAGUCGGCAAUAAAUGUGAUCUGCAUACGAAGAAAGUUGUAGAUUACACAGCUGCCAAGGAAUAUGCCGAUCAACUCGGAAUACCAUUUUUGGAAACAUCGGCAAAGAAUGCAAUGAAUGUAGAACAAGCUUUUAUGACGAUGGCUGCUGAAAUAAAACUUAGAGUGGGCCCACCCUCGAGCGGAGCGAGCGAUCCAGCCAACAAGGUGAAAAUAGAACACGGACGUCCAAUUGAAUCUUCUAAAUCUGGAUGCUGCUGAGAACUAUAAUCUUGUGUCUCGUUUAACCAAAAACAUCUAAUGCGGUUGCGGUCCAGAUACUGCAAAAUUAAACUUAUUACUGCAAGUAUAAGAACGAUACAUGGAAGUUUUAGUUUACUCCAACAACAAAAAAGAAGGAAAAAAGAAUCUAACACACUCAUGGACCACCAACUCUUCCUCAGAGUUGUACGAAACUCUCGUCCACCUGCCCUGAAAUUUCGUUUUUGUAGUUAUCUUUCCAAAGAAGAAAAGACGUGGUUAAUUAACGCCAUUUUCUAGUAUAAAGUUCGACUUUAGAUAAAUUUGUCGAAUUAGUAUUGAUAAUAUCGAACGAGUGUAGAUGUGCGUGUAAUGGGAGGGACAACUCGAGUCUUGAGAAGUAAAUUGAAUAAUACUGCGUAUGGUGGUUAUUAUGAUAAGCACUUUAAUUUUCUUUUUUAGCCUAAUUGUAAUAUGUACAAUAGAGUAUGUGUUUGGCUCUAUAGCUAUUUCUAUUUCUCUAUACAAUAAUCCAAAAAGA